UUCGAUCUUAGGUUUGGUGACCACUAGAAAUUGAACUCACACUAGAAACGAAGACGGGCUGAUGCUUUGGGCAUCUAGGCAGCUUACAUAUGUGACUAGAAAAAUAAGAAUGGCAUAUUUCAAGAAACUUACUCUUUUAGGAAGUAUAAUAUAAUUUGGCUCUCUUCAUUAAUUAGAGGCUUUAAUUUGAAAUAAUGUGGAUAUGGACUGUGAACUUACCCUGGGGAAAACUGGAUGUUGUUAACUUUCAUGUGUUCUUUUUUUUCCUUUCUUUUGUUCAGUUUAACUUCAACAGCAGUUUUUUGAGACAAAUUGCAUUUGGCAGAAGCAGGUCCAUUAUCAGGCAGCUCAGUGCUGAGUAAAGGAGAUUCGGACCUAUAAAAGUGAUGGCACAGUUAGAAAAUUUGGCGAAAAUUCUUUCUACUAAAACUAAGCAGACGGAAAUUUAAUAUUUUAUAUUGAACAUUUUAAAGUAACUGUAGUGAGACUACAAUAUGGAUGUUAGCUUACUUUUUAGAUGUUGUGACUUCAUUCAGGAGGUUUUUGUUCUUCAGGAUCUUUUCAGGCUCAUAAUAUGUGUUGUCCAGAUCCUCGACUUGGUUUUUGAGGUUGUCUUCUGGCUCGUAAUAUGUCUCAUCCAUAUCCUCUAUUGAAACAUUUUUUAAAAAACCAUAAUUUGACCUGGAAAAGUUGUACGUACAGUGAAGUUAGGGAAUGUAGAUGUCAAUGCAUGAGACAUGACAAUCUUUUGUAGUCUCAUUGAUUAAAUUCCAUGAAAUUACCUGUCUUCGUCGGCAAUACACUCCCACUUAUUACUUCCAGGCUCAAAAUUAGUAGCAAUAUCAUCCAUUGUAUUAGUUUGAUCAGAGAGACAAUCUUUAUCUGGGGAUGAGUAAAAAAGUUUUCUCCUUGAUUUCGGAGUUGAUGUCACAAAUACUGCAGGAAAAGGGAGAAAAAGGCUUAGGUUUUCCUUUGAAUUCAUCAUUUUGGUGCACACUUGGUGAAGAUAGAAUAUAAUAAAAACUUACGAGAAGUAUUUUGACAUCCACUUUCCUGAUGAAUGUCUAAGCUGCUUCGGUGAUCAACAUCACUCUCCAACAAAGUGCGACAUCUGUUGGAAUUUGGCAAGAAAUUUAUAACAAGCUAUACAACCACACAACUUUUUUAAAUGGAUGUCUUUUGCCACAAUUUUUUUAAUAUUUUUAUUCUGUUAAUCCUGAAAAAAUAAGCUCAACACUUGCCCAUCAAUUUUCUUCUGCAUCGCUUCAACUCUCAAAGACAGCUCCUUGCACCUAUCUUUGUACAUUUUGUAGAGUAUCAACCCAACAUUAGAACACCUAGACAUUUUCAACAGCAAGUAAAAACCCACAAAAUAAACGAUAGGAACUUUGUCAGGUUCAGCGACAACUAAUCCAACCCUGCAAACAUGUAGCAGAUGUCAGUCGACUGAUGUAAACUUUUGUCAAAAAUAAACAAAAGGGAGAGGUCAUUGACCUCUCGCAGUUUAACCAACACUGUUCGAAAAAUGGUAACAUCAAUGGCUACUUUAGCCCCGAUAUAAACAAUCAAGGAACAAGAGCUUCGUUGGGGUAAUACCUUCAGAUAUUACCAAUUUUAUUUACUCUUAAACCGUUCUCCUACGAACGUAAAGGUCUGUUACUUUUGUAGGGAGAAGUUUUUUGGCGGAAGUUUGUGCACCUGAACGGAGCGAAGGCAACAGUGGAGCCUCGAACCCCAAGUCUCCAGUCAACAAGUGGGCGUGUGUGUGUGGUGUGUGGUUUUGCGCGGGCCUUCUGGCGUUUUCUCUGACCUUUGUUUAAUUGGUUUGAUGGCAGUGGUCUUUUCGGACGAAAUUGUGUUGUUCUAAACGUAGGAGGAGAUGGCUUCAUCGAAAAGGUCGCAGACUCUCCUACGCUUAGCUUUAAGAGCAGGUUGGACUCGCUUUUUUUUUCUAGUGACUUAUGAGCCGGAGAGGUUAUGUGCUUUAUUUUCUUGUUAAUGUUAUCGAUUUCAUUUUCGUAGGAGAUGCUAGUCUAUACAAUAAUGUUGACUUGGAUGCGUCAAAUGAUGCUGAGGUCCAAGAUGCCGAAGUUCCCGAAGUUCAAGAUGCCGAACCGAAUGACGGUGCUGUGUCUGUACGGUCUGCUCAAGAGAGAUCUGUAUCUGAUGUAUGCUCGUCAUCUGCCCAAUCGCUCACAACAUCUGAACAGGAUCAGUGGAAUGAUGCUCUUACUCUAGCUAAAGUCCGUAAGCUGGGGGAGAAAGAACCCCUAGAUUUGUGUGCGGAUUGGGUGAAGACUCAAAACAUUGAAGUCUCUUCAAGUCCCAUUCGGAAGCCACAAACCCCUUUGGUACCUUACUCGCCGAGCUUGACUUCAGCAUCUAGUCGUAAGUACUACCAUUAAUGUAGCAGUUAUUGCAAUUUAUAUUUGUCCUUAGAGUUAUUGUUUUCAUUGUUUUCAAUCAGGAGUCAGCACAGAACCUAACACCCCACAAAAGCAGGCCAUGUCAAAUCGGAAGAAACUAAUUUUGAUUAAUGCUCAAAAAUCAUUUUCUUUCCUUGAACCUGCGCCAGUCCCUGUUGUGAAACCAGGUAAGUAGCCUCAGAGAAAUUCGCCUGUCAGAUGUUUCAUGUUUGCUAGAAAGUCCCUAAGUUUUGCAAAUGUACCAAUGUUUUUUUAUGUUAUCAGUUUUAUUUGAAGUAAAUUCUGCGCCACCAGUCCAAGACCCAUCAGCCCUGAGUUGUGGCUCUGGAAAGGAAAAUAGAGUGUGUGGUGCAGCAAUCCAUAAUUAUGAAUCUAGGACAAGCAGAGAGAAAACAAAUAUCACCACAGAUAAACCUCCUGCCAUCAGCCGUGCAGGUUUGUAAUCACAAUAUUUAUAUCAUCAAUAGUUAAUAACAACAUUUUAACCAUAAAUGUAUGAAUAUAAAUCUGAUAGUCUAAUGUAGUUAUACAUUGCCAAUUUUGUCUGUGUUGAAUUUAGAUUGUAGGGAUUUAGUCAAAGGGACUACAAGACCUAGUCCCAGCAAGCGUUCAGCCCGCCAUAGUGGCCUGAAAAGUACCUCCGAAUCUACAAAAAUAAAGGGCGUAGAUGGCAGCAAAGAUCAAGCAGGUUAGUAAUCAAAACAAUUUAAUCUGACAUGUGUACAUGAAAAUUUUGUAGCCCAAUGGUGUUUUAUUGUCAAUUUUUUCUUUGUUGAAUUUAGCCCGUUGUAGUGGCCUUAGAAAAGCUAAUACCUCUGACUCUGAAACAGGAGAUGAAAUAGAUAGCAGUAAAGAGAAAGGUAGUACAGCUUUAGUGAGAGUACCCACCCCUGAUGUAUUCUUAUCAGAGGAGGAAGAUUCUAGUUUGGCUACAUCAGAAAUUGCACCAAAAGGUACAGAACUAAUCAGUGGAGUACAUGUUAAUUUGAGGAAAAAAACAGAAAAGAAAUAUUUUGAUGGGACUGAUGAUGAAGAAUUGUUUGGGGAAUGUUCUGAUGGGGAUGAUGAAGAGUGGCUGCCUGGUCAAAACAGAGAACGCUCUGGGUCUCAUAUCUCUGAUGAAAUGUCAGACGAAGCUUCCAAUGUGGGCAGCAAACCUCCUUCAGUUCACUCCAACCAUAAUCCUGUUGACGAACGUAAUGAGCAUGCAGAUUCUGACAAUAAUGAUGCUGAUGAACCUGCAACAGGCAAGGCCACAACAAGAUGUGAAAGAAGCAAAAUUACUCAACUUCGCAACUCUGGGAAAAGCUAUAUAGGAUCAACAGGGAAGGUUGUUAAGAAGAAAACUCUUCGACCUCUUCCUCAAUGUAAAGCUACAUGGUGCCUCAUAUUAAAACUCUCAGAGGAAGAACGAAAGGAAAUUUUUGAAGAGUAUUGGGCACUAGGAAGUUACAACAAAAGAACUCAGUAUAUCUCAAACAUGGUACAGAAGAAAGAUACUAAAACAACUACAACAACAGCAAAAAAACAGCGAACGUGUACUCUGGAAUACUCCCUGAUUCACAAUCAAGAAAGGAUCCAAGUCAGCAAGCAGUGCUUUUUGGCAACCCUGGAUGAGAAUGAUCGGUUUGUGAGGGGUGUGGUAGAGCGUCGGAGCAGUUCAGCACAAGUCCCAGACGACAGAAGAGGCAAAAACCCACCAUCAAACAAACUAUCUGAUGAUGUCAGGCAGGAGGUAAUAACACACAUAAGGAAAUUCCCUGCCUACAUAUCUCACUACAGUAGACGUCACUCAGAGCAGCUCUACCUUGGCUCCAACCUGAAUGUUUCGAUCAUGCAUAAGUUAUACUUAGAAGAAAAUGGUACGAAAAUAUCAUACAAUUCAUACCUGGAAAUCUUCAAAAGUCUUCGUCCAAAACUUAAGUUUAAGUCUCCUAAAGUAGACACAUGUGAAACUUGUGACUCCCUUCAAAAUGGCAUCAAACAUUCUCAUUCAGCAGAGGAAAAAGAAACAUUGCAGCAGCAGUUAGACCUCCAUGUUAGCAGAGCAGAAUUUGCCUAUACUUGCAAAAGAGAAGACAAGCAAUCUGCAAAAUCCUCAAAACAGGUGAUCUCAACAAUUGUUUUUGAUUUAGAACAAGUUCUUCCUUGCCCCUACUUAACGAGUGGCAAUGUGUUCUAUCUGCGUCAGUUGAGUGUAUACAAUCUUACGGUGUUUGUGACAGAAACAAAGCAAGCUUUCAACUUCAUGUGGCACGAAGCGAUUGGUGGUAGAGGUGCAGAUGAAAUCGCAUCUUGUCUUCUUUGUUAUUUCAGUUCUUUCUUGCCUGAAACUGUGAAACACGUAAUCAUGUAUUCUGACACAUGUAGCGGUCAGAAUAAAAACAGCCUCAUGAUUGCUGCUUUGACAAUAACUGUGCAGCAGCACGAAUCAAUUGAAACGAUUGAUCAGAAAUUCCUUGUCUCUGGUCACACACAUUUAGAAUGUGAUCAGGUACACCAUCAAAUUGAAACUAGAAAAAAGAAAACUAAUGUACCACUCCAUCACCCUCAAAAUUAUUUUGACCUUGUCAGAGAAGUGGGUCCCACAAACAAGAAAUACAAAGUGAAGGAAAUGCAAGCAACAGAUAUCUUCAACUUUGAACCCACCAUUUUAGGCACCGAGGCUCCUCUAGUGUGGCGGAAAAGUGACACUGAUGGCAACAAGUUUCUGUUUAGUGAUGCAGAAUGGUUCAGAUUUCAGAAAAAAUCUCCUGGAAUAAUUUUGUACAAAAAAUCUCUUCAGGAGGAGGAACCAUUCCUCACUCUCAACUGGAAGAGAAAAAGAAAUGAGCCUCUCCCAGAAAUAGAUCUUUUCCAAAAGAGAAAUACUCCUUGUCCUAUAUCUGAAGCGAAGAAAACUGACUUAUUGAGCUUGAGGAACUUAAUAAAUCCUCUUUACCACGACUUCUACUUAAAUCUGAAAACUGCGAAGGAUCUUAUGGAUGAAGACCCUGACUUGCCUCCUGAGUAUAAUGUAGCUUUUAAAUUUCAAUGAAAUCCAUUUUUAUGCAUAAGUUGUAAUUAACUAUCCUUUUCUCUAAAAUGAUGCUUGUAUUAAAGUGUCAGAGUACCAGUUAGGAAAUAUUUCCUAGUCAAUAUUCUAUGUCAACCUAUUUUUCUAUGUCAACAUUUAAAAAUGAAUUUAUUUCUAUUGAUUUACUGUUGUAUCUUGUCAACUUGUGUUCUAAUGUCUUGAUAGUACUAUAUAGUAAGACAAAAUGUUUCAACUAUAUAAUGGUUGAGUCACCAAAGAGUGUGCAAUAUUCAUUGUUUAAGUUUAUUUAUUUUUACAUAAUGAUUUUGAGAAAGCUGUGUCUGAGAAAUAGUAAACGGCAUUUUUUUUUUUUACUACUUGUCAUAGAAGCAUGUAUUCCCUCCAGUAGUCUUGUUGUUAAGAAGUCUAACUUCAGUGUUUUUUUUUUUUUUAAUAUGUUAAUCCUAUGAUUUUUAGGCAUUUGUUAAGAAGUUGUACUUGUUGACCCCAAGUACAGAAAUUGAUUAAGAUAGAAAAAGUGUAAUUUUUGGGUACUCAUAAUUUGAUGAGUUUAGUCAAUAGUAUUACCCCAGAAAAAAAAAUACUUUUUAU